AACGACGGCGGGCGCGGAAGGGCGUCCUGUUACUAAAUGUGCUUAGUGAUUUUGAAAGCCACACGAUUUUCCCUCAGGGAUGCCUAGUCUCCAGGCAAGGAUGCCUGUUCCAUUGCUUUUCCAAAUAACAGCGGCCUAGCUGGUGCCCGUGGCCACGGACGGAGAGCGUCGCGAGUUGAUUACGUUCACUUGCCGGCGCCAAGUCGGUUUCUAACGCGAAACUUAAAACGAUUCGUUAAGAAAAGAAAGGAGCCGCGUGACCAACUGUCCGAGGAAAGCAAAUUUUGCCUGUCAAAGUUCUCGGCCCAAGCGGCACGCGACUGAUACACAACGGCCCCUCGCCUCACGGCGCCACCACACUGCGCGUGCGCAAACUCCUGUCCCACACGCGGACGGAGGCCGAGAAGAAAAAAAGGCGGGAGCCGCCAAUUUCAGGUGGGGCAAAAUGGCGCGGGAGAAGGAGAUGCAAGAGUUCACCCGUAGCCUCUUCCGAGGCCGCCCGGACCUCAGCACGCUCACACACUCCAUCGUGCGGCGGCGGUUCUUGGCUCACGCGGGCCGCGACCGCCUGGAACCCGCGGAGAAGCAGGCACUGAAGAGGCUAGUGGAGGAGGAGCUUCUGAAGAUGCAGGGGGAUGAAGCUAGUGCUAGGGAAGAGAAGCUAGACCUUGCCAAGGCGAAGAGGCCUCCCACCCCCUGCAGUGACACAGAGAGAAAGAGGUUCCGCUUCAAUUCAGAGUCAGAGCACAGUUCUGCAGCCUCCAGUCCAGAGCGCCUCAGACCCCCAGCAAAGAACAAGAUGGCAGCAGGAGUCAGUGUGGCCAAGGAGAAUCCAAGGAACUCCUCAAAGAAAACAGUUGAGAGCAGCGAUGAGGAAGAACAGCAGAAGAACCUGGUGAAGGAGAGCAGUGAGGAGGAUGGUUCUGCCAAAACAAAUAAAGUCUGGAAAGAGAGCAGUGAGGAAGAGGAAGAGGUAGAAGAAGAGGAAAAGGGGCACAAAGGCAGGACUAGGAAGAAAACUAUGACAAAUAACAAGCAAGCUUCAGGCAACACCUCAGACAGGAUGCAGGAGGCCACGGAGGAAAGUGAGGACAGCGAGGAGGAGGACCCUGAACAGAGGACAGGAAAGAAGGCAGAGAGAAAGAGACAAGCUAAAAGCCACAAGGAAGGUAAAAAGGAGAGUGGAGACGAGACCCUAGCCAAAAAGGAAGAGGACAGUGAGGAAGAGGAGGAUUGGAAGCCCAAAGCCCAGAGUAAUGGUGGGAAAAGGCCAGCUUGGGAGGAGCGGAGCUGUAAACAGAAAAGCAGGGCAGUAAGCCUGCCAGGGGACUGGGGAGACAGAGAGGAACAGAAGGAAAAAGUAGCAGCUGGUGGUGGGGAUAACAGCAGGGGUGAUGAAGCGACCUCAGUGCAGAGAAAGAGGAAGGUCGGGACCCAGUGGAAAGAUGGGAAAAAGCAGAGUGGAAGUAGCGAGGAGGAUGAAGACAGCUGUAGGACAGUAGAAACAAGUACUAAAGGCACAGGAAAGACAGCUCAAGCGGGCAGCCUCAGUGGUGAGGACAGUGACUCAGAGAGGGAGGUGAGUGACAGCGAGUCAGAGGGGAGACCCAAAGGGGAGAAGAACCGCUCUUCCAAGAAGAGUUCCAAGAAAGGCAGGGCACGAAGCUCCUCCUCUUCCUCAGAUGGCAGUCCAGAACCCAAAGGGACUAAGGCGGACUCUAAUCGCAGAGGUGAGGAUCACCCAGCUGUGAUGAGGCUCAAGCGCUAUAUUCGUGCCUGUGGUGCCCACCGCAACUACAAGAAGCUGCUGGGCUCCUGCCGCUCUCACAAGGAGCGUCUGAGUGUCCUCCGGGCAGAGCUGGAAGCCCUGGGCAUGAAGGGUAACCCUUCCCUAGAGAAAUGUCGGGCUCUGAAGGAAAAGCGGGAGGAGGCAGCAGAGGUCGCCUCCUUGGACAUUACUAACAUUAUCAACUGUUCAGGUCGACCCCGCAGACGCACCGCUUGGAACCCUUCAGGAGAAGCAGCGCUCCCAGGGGAGCUAUACCGCAGAACCUUGGACUCAGAGGAAGAGCGAUCCCGCCCCCCACCCCCAGAUUGGUCGCACAUGCGUGGCAUCAUUAGCAGUGAUGGCGAGAGUAACUGAGUUGCCCACUUUGCACUUGUAUAAACUGUUCACAACACCCCCACCCUGUGCCUGCACAAAUCAUAAGUGGAUUUCUUCAGAGAAGACUUGCAGCCCCAGGAACAUGGUGGGAUUCUACUCCACAUUUUCAGUUCAAGAUGUUUCAACAGGGUUAUUAUUUUUAAGACUUAUUAAUAAAGGAAUGUUUGAGUCACCUCUUCAAAA